UGCCCAUCUGCUCCUCACACAGGGAUGCUGUCCCACCAGCUCAAGCAGCACAUCAUCGACGGGGAGAAAACCAUCAUCCAGAACCCCACAGACCAGCAGAAGAAGGAUCACGAGAAGGCAGAGUUUGAGGUCCACGAGGUUUAUGCUGUCGAUGUCCUCGUCAGCAGUGGGGAGGGCAAGGCCAAGGACGCAGGGCAGAGAACCACCAUCUACAAGAGGGAUCCCUCCAAGCAGUAUGGGCUGAAGAUGAAGACCUCCAGAGCCUUCUUCAGCGAGGUGGAGCGGCGCUUCGACACCAUGCCCUUCACCCUCAGGGCGUUCGAGGACGAGAAGAAGGCCAGGAUGGGGGUGGUGGAGUGUGCCAAGCACGAGCUGCUGCAGCCCUUCAACGUCCUCUACGAGAAGGAAGGGGAGUUCGUGGCCCAGUUCAAGUUCACGGUGCUGCUGAUGCCCAACGGCCCCAUGCGGAUCACCUGCGGCCCCUUCGAGCCUGACCUCUACCGCUCCGACUUCGAGGUGCAGGAUGCAGAGCUGAAGGCCCUUCUACAGAGUUCUGCGAGUAGGAAGACUCAGAAAAAGAAGAAAAAGAAGGCCUCCAAGAACGCAGAAAACGCAACCACAGGAGAGGCAGGAGAGGAAAACGAAGCUGGGGACUGAGAGGACCCCCCCAGGGCCCCUCCCAUCUGUAGCAGCCAAACUCCAACUCAGCCUUUUUAAACCUCCCUCCCCCCUCCCCCCCCCCCCCCCAAAUUAAUAAAACCAACAACAAAUUUGAA